AUGGUUAGGACUCGUACAUCUUCAAGUGGUGAUCAUGAGCCUAUUCCUGCGCCUGCUUCUGGGAGCACUAUCCGAGGUAGAGGCAGGGGACGAGGUCGAGGUCGAGGUCGAGGUCGGGGUAGGGGUCGUAUUGCAGCAUCCGUGGAAGGACAAGUACCACUAACCACCCAGGGACGUGAUAGGACAGUACCUCUUGAUGCAUAUGUUAUUCAAGGGGAUGUGCAGGAUCGUGUCGAGGGGGAUGGACCAGCUCAGGCUCCACCUAAUAUUAUUGCCACCCCAGUGCUUCAAGAUACCUUAACUCGUAUGUUAGGACUUCUAGAGGGGAUGGCUCAGGCGGGAACUUUGCAUGUCACCUCUGAUGCUUCGCAGACUUGUGUUGGAGGUCAGACUCCAGAUCCGAUGAUUGCUCCAGAUUCUCAGACUCCCAGGACUCAGCCAGCUGCUGCUAUAGCUCCCCGUUUAGAUAGUACAAAAUUUCUAGGUAUUGCAUCACACUUGGCGAACAGGCCUUCCAUGACCAUUGAUGAACAAAAGAUGUUUGGGAGGUUCAGACUAAUGAAUCCUCCGACUUAUACUAGUGACUUAACUGAGGAUGCAUAUGAAUUUAUAGUUAGUUGUCAUGAGAGGUUGCAUAAUCUUGGAUUAGUGGAGUCUCAUGGAAUUGACUACACAGUGUUUCAGAUGACUGGCUCAGCCAAGCAGUGGUGGAGGGAUUAUAUUAGUAGUAGGCCAGCUGGAUCCCCUCCACUAUCAUGGACUCAGUUUACUCAGGUAUUUCUAGCCAAGUUUGUUCCACGCAGUGAUAGGGAGCGUAAGAGGGCAGCGUUCGAGGGUUUGCAACAAGAUGGUUUGUCUGUCGCAGAGUAUGAGGGUAAAUUCCAUGCCUUGGCUAGGCAUGCUUCGAUGAUACUUCCCAUAGAGGCUGAGAGAGUGAGGAGGUUUGUUAAGGGGUUGAUUAUUCCGAUUCGUCUGGGAGUUUCUCAGGUUGCUACUUUUGGUGUGCCGUUCUAG